AUGUGCAUCCAGUGGACUGCCUCCGCAAAAUGCACCGCCGCGGUAGAGGGCACACCGCGGAAUGGGUGCAAGGGCACGCACGUGGUCGUGACACCUCGUCAGGUGUGCGCGCUCGCCGAUGAGCAGUGCGUAUGCUUCUUCGGCUCGUGCAUGAACAUCGUCACGCUGUCCUCUCUAGAUCAGGGUACAGUCAACGCGCCGUGCCAGGUCUGCGGCACCGAAGAGGACCCUGAGCAGAUGAUGCUGCUGAAGGUGUUUGACGACGCCUUCGCAGCGGACUGGGUUAUCGCAUUCGGCGGGGGCCACUACGAGAAGUGCACCGAGGGCAUAUGGAGGGGACAUUUGGCGGGGAAUGAGUAA